AUGUCGUCCCAGAGGUCAGAAAAGUUAUCGAUAAAUAUUAAUGAAGAGAGUUCAGUGGAAAAUGAAAUUGUGGAAAAUAUGCUCAAAGUGGAUGCAACUGAAACUGCAACUGAAGCUGUGAUUGAAACUACAACUGAAACUGCAACUGAAACUGCAAUUGAAACUGAGCCUGAAACUACAACUGCAACCGAAGCUGCAACUGAAACUGCUACUGAAACUACAACUGAAACUGCAACUAAAACUGCAAUUCGUUUAAAAAAAGAUCCGAUUAAAAAAUAUCUUGAUGAAAAUUUAAAAACUGUAUUCAUACCGAAAUAUUUACAUGAAGAUUUUAAAUGUACUGUAGGAACACACGUUUUUAUAAAUAACCCAUGGAAAAAAAUAUCUCGUAAAAAGAUUAUUGAAAAUUUACAGUUACAAAAAACGAAUUCAUGUUUUUGGGAGUUUCGAAAACAAAUUGAAGACAUAACAAACGAUGAUGUUUUAGUUGGAUAUAAAUCCUCUAGUAGUACAGACGAAGAAUUCGUAUUAUGCAUCACAGACAAAGCAAGAAAAUAUAUUGAAGAAGCACAGAAACGAGUACAAAUAGAACUCGAACAACAGGUUGAGAGGUCCAUGAAUCGUCUAAUAGGUCAUUGGGAUCCCAAAGGCAGUGAAAAAGAUAUUGAAGAUCUAAAACCAGUUACGACGCGUGAAAAGAUAAAAUAUAAAUGGAAAAUUCCAAAAAGAAGAAUUCAGGUUGAUGCAGCAUUUGAGAAAUCAAAUUCAAAAUCCGUAAGAAAUCAAUAUGUUAAAUUAAAACCACAGUCAAAAGAAAUAUUUGAAAUGAGUGAUAAGUUAAUAAUGGAGUCAAAUAUACAAGCCAAAAGUAAAACAGUUAAUAGGGAAAUGCAGACAAUUCCAAAAAUUAAAGAUAAUAAAUGCAUUCAGUCGAUUAUUGAAGAAGAACAAAUUAAUCAGCCACAACCUAUAAUGAAAACAGCAAAAGUCCUGGAUGAUUUUUUAUUAAAAAAUGUUCCUGAUGUAAUGACUCAGUUACAAUAUAACGAGUUGUACGAUUUAUACCGUGAUGACUACAAACAGAUGAAAGAUAAAAAUAAAACUAAAAUUGAAAAAGUUGACGAGGCGAUAAGAAUUCAUCCUGGAUAUCAGAAUGAGACGUCACAAAAAAAAUACGUAUCAAGCAUUGCUUGGCAUCCUACGAUAGUAGGUAUUUUUGCCGUUUCUUACAUGUCCAAUAGCAAUGAAUUGGUAAAACAAGUGAGCUUAGAAAAUACAGAUGACGAACCUACUGAGUCAAACGUCAAAGACAAACAUUUCAGUAUAUCAUACACCGAAGAUGACGACCAAGAUAAUUGGAAUAACCAUCCAAAAGUUAAACUUUUGGAUAAUAAUUACGACGAAAAGUUUUUGUAUUUUUUGUACAGAGAAUUUGUGCAGAAAAUAAGAAUUCUUCAAAUAACCGAGGAUGAAAAAAUGAGCCAAGGACAUAUGCGCAAUAUAGAUGGAAAUUUGCGCCAAACGUUAAUUUACGAUUCUAACGAACAACUUUCCGCAUACAAUGAGUUAAUUGGAGAGGAAUAUAAUCAUGAAGACGAUGUAAUAAGCAAUCAUACUGAUUACUCAGUAAGCUAUAGGAAAAUUACGACUAAUAGUGAACCAAGUGAAACUGACGAAGACGUGUGUCACCAUGAUUCCGACACUGAAAGUUUUUAUAAUAUUUGGGGUGAAGAUACUGAAUGGUUGUAUAACAACCAACUGAGGAACGUUGUUAGAAAUAUACAUAGGGAUUUUAAUAAGAAAUAUAAUAGAGAAGCUAAGGAAGAAAAAUUGUUUGAACUCUUGAUGUCUGAAACUAAGGAAAAACAAAAGUAUAUAUAUUUUUUAUUAUGUGUUUAAAAUAAAUGUUGUAAUUAUUUAUUAUUUUAUUUAAACAUAUAGAAAUGAAGAAACUA